ACAUAUGUUUUAUUUUACAUGAAUUGAAAUCAUAAUAUUGUGUUAUAUGUUAUUAUCUAAAUUUACACUAGUCCUAUAAAUAUAUCCGAUGUACAAAUUAACCCAGGAGAACACGUCAACACCAAAACGACGACGUCUCGGUACCGGUCGCGUUUUAAGACGGUAUAAUAUGGAAAAUACAAUAAACGAUACACCGGUUCAUCCUCAGAUAACGAGUACACUAGCUAAUACACCGGGAGGUUGUGAAUCUCCACCGUUGCCGUGCAAUCAAGUGGAAUAUUUGAACGAAUCUUCGCGAAAUAACUCUAGUGUUCUAUGUUCUCCUGGUAUACAAAGUCCUGUACCUGAAGAUGUACAUAACUGGGAAUCAUUACCAGUUGCGCUACUUAAUGAUAAAGUAUUUGAUAAACAUGAAUCAGUUAAUGAAAUUAAUUUGUCAGGUGAUUUAUUUACCUCAAAAUUGGAUCAAAAUUGUACAGAUAACAAUCAUGUAGAUGAGAUAAAAUGUGAGAAUAAUUUAAGAGAAGAUAUUGAAAAGAGUUUUAAUAUAGUAAAUCAGUCUAUAUGUGAUAUUGAUAAAAUUAAUAAGGAUAAGAGUUCAUUAUUUGAAACUAAGGAUUCCUUUCUGCUGGACAUCAGAGAAAGCGGAGUAGUACUCGAUGAUAAACUAACAAAAUGUGUAAACGAAUUUCCCAAACUGAAGCCUGUACAAAAUUAUAAUGAUGUAACUACUUUCUAUGGUUUACCAAUGAUUACGAAAAAAUUAUUUAAAACUUUAAGAAAUAUAGAGAAAUUUUAUGAUUGGCAAGAAGAGUGCCUAAAUAUGGAUGCCAUUAAAGAGAGACGUAACCUGAUCUAUGCCUUACCGACCAGUGGUGGCAAGACCUUAGUGGCAGAGGUGCUGAUGCUGCGGGAAGUUCUCAAUAGAAAGCGCAAUGCCUUGUUCAUAUUACCAUUCGUUGCUAUUGUCCAAGAAAAGAUUUGGUCACUUUCUCCAUUUGCUGUACAGCUAGACUUCUUAGUGGAAGAAUAUGCUGGCGGAAAAGGUCAUUUGCCACCUAAAAAGAGGCGGCAAAAGAACAGCAUUUAUAUAGCGACCAUUGAGAAAGGUCUGGCUUUGGUCCGGAGCCUUUUAGAGUUGAAUCGGCUGCAAGAGAUCGGUUUAAUUGUAGUUGAUGAACUGCAUCUCAUUGGGGAAGAAGGUCGUGGCAGUUCUUUGGAGAUUUUAUUGUCUACUGUUCUCUUUGCUGACUUGGACAUCCAAAUAGUGGGUAUGAGUGCUACAAUCGGCAACCUGCCAGAGAUAGCCAGGUUUCUGGACGCGGACGUGUUCGAGAGACAGUUCCGGCCGGUCGAGCUGACGGAGUACGUGAAGCUCGGAGACGUGCUGCACAGGAUCGUGUGGAAGGACGGCCACGGGGAAGACGCCUUCGAGAUAGUACCAGAGAGGACGCUGGCGUACGAUUACUCGGCUGCUGCGACGCGGCUGGACCCCGACCUGCUGGGCGGCCUCGUGUCCGAGGUGGUGCCGCAAUCCUCGUGCCUCGUGUUCUGCCCCACCAAACGCAACUGCGAGAACGUCGCCGCAUUACUCUGCAAGCUUCAGAGAAAACAGAUGUUGCGACAUCGUGCGGCGGAGCGGCUGGCGUUGUCGCGCGCGCUGGCGGCGGAAGGAGGAGACCGCGCGCUGUGUGCGGCCGUGCGGGCCGGCAUAGCCUACCACCACGCCGGACUCGCACAAGACGAGCGCGCGCUGCUCGAGCACGCCUUCAGGGCGGGCGUGGUAGGCGUGCUAUGCUGCACGUCGACGCUGGCGGCGGGUGUUAACCUUCCGGCGCGCCGUGUGGUGGUCCGCGCGCCGCGCCUCGCUCGCCGCAUGCUGUCGCUCGCCGCCUACCGGCAGAUGGCGGGCCGCGCGGGACGAGCCGGAGCCACCGAUGCAGGUGAAAGUAUAAUAAUCUGCGCGCUGAGCGAUUGGCACGAGCUGCGAGCCGUGCUCGGCGGCGGACUGCAGGCCGCGCGCAGCGAACUGACUGCGGCCGGCGCCGCCGCCCUGCUGCUGGGCGGCGCGGCGCUGCGGCUCGCAACCUCGCGGCCCGCGCUGCUGCGGCUCCUGCGCCGCACCCUGCUCGCGCACCACAGUUGUAAUUCCAGUGAUGAUGCGGAGUUGGAGACGCUCUGCGAUGAAUCCUUGUCCGCGCUGGUACAGAGCGGAGCCCUGGAGCAGAAAGCAGACCGCUUCACUGUCAGCUCGCUAGGAGACGCCGCUAUAAAAGGUGGAUUAAGUUUGGAAGCAGCGAAACAGUUGUUGGAAGAUCUGAACACCGCGUCCAAAAGUGUCGUUCUCAUGGGCAGCCUGCAUCUGCUCUACUUGGUGACCCCACACGACUUCGCUGGCAUCAAGCCCGAUUAUAGACACUAUUACACAGUGUACAGCGGUUUGGAUGAAGAGGGUGUUCAGACAGCGAAAGUGCUGGGCAUUACGGAGGUGAACGCGAUGCGCAUGAUCACUGGCAAGUCCAUCACGAAUGUGCCGGAGAGAGUGUUGUGCCGGUUCUACCUCGCGCUGAUGCUGCACGACCUGUGGAAGCAGGUUCCGUUCCACGUCGUUGCUGAAAAAUACGUGAUCCCGCGCGGCACGGUGCAGUCUGUGGUGAGCAGUGCGACAGCGCUGUCGUCGAGCGCGGCCCGCUUCAGUGCAGCGCUGCAGCCGCUGUGGGCGUGGGCGGCGCUGUUCGCGGAGCUGUGUCCGCGGCUGCAGCACUGCGCCGCGCCGCAGCUGCAGCGGCUGUUACAGCUGCCCGCCGUCAAGAAGGCCCGGGCACUGCAGUUAAUGCGAGCGGGCUAUAAAUCAAUAGAGGAUCUGGCGAAAGCAUCAGAGGAUGACCUCGUCUCUUCCAUCUCUCACCUCUCCAGGACAGCUGCUAACCAUCUCAUCAGUGCUGCCAGAAUGAUGUUAAUAGAAAAAGUGGAGAAUCUCCGCGCCGAAGCUGAAGAAGUUAUGGAGGAGCUCAAAUUGUAAAAUUUCGAUGAUUAUAUCAUGAAAAUAUUCAUCUGAAAUAUUAACCAGUUUAAAGCCAAUUUUAAGACUGAUAGUUAUUAUGUAGUAGAUUAGUAUAGUUAAUGACGGCCGCAGUGGUCUGGUUGUUUAGGACACCGCCUUACUUCUAUGGUCGCGGGUUCGACUAGGACACUGCAUUAUUUCCAAUGUUUGCAGGUUACAUUCCUUGCACAACUAAAUAUUUGUAUUCAAAAGUGUGAGUUUUUGUAUCGGUCUAGGUGUUUUCUUU